GAGGACGGUCUGACUGGCCAGUGAGUAGCAGACGUUGUCGCUUACUCGAGUUCGUGAAAAGAGGAAGAUAAAGGAAACUUGCAUUUCCAGAAACAGACGUGUAAUAUGGAGGACAUGGGCCCAGUUACCCAGGAGCCUCCUAAGAUGGCAUAUAAACGUGAAGAAGCAGACUCAGAAGAGGUGAGCAGUGAGGAGGAAGAAGAGAAGAGUCGCACACGACACACGCGCCUCCAUUUCACGAGUAACUUGGAGGAAAGACGUGUGGACAUCAAGAAAGAGGACUGUGAAUGGGAAUAUGUGCACCUUCCUCAGGACUGUGCUAGCAUUAAGGAGGAGGACGGUGAGUCCGAGGUGACAUUUGACAGCAGUGACAUGCAGGAAACUGAAAUGGUAAGCAGUGUGAAAAGAGAAGACUUCAAACUGGAGGACGUGUGUUCAGAUAUCACCGGAUUAGGCCUCAGUCUGAAGGGUCAUCACACCCUACAGCGUCACUCUGUCCCCGCGAAGUCUGAGUGUUUGGAGUCUGACGUGACCAGGAUUGAGAAAGAAUUAAGUUCAUGUCCCUCUGGAGGAGAUUUACAAGAAAGUGACACCCCCUCCCCAUCAUCAUUUCAUCUUCAUGGCAGACUACCACAAAAUCAAAAUGUGAAAAAGCCAGUGCAUAAAGGAGAGGGUUUGUUACCAGCCCAUAGCAAACAAUUCUUCACCAGUGGAGAUCUUGAAAUGCACAAAACAGUUUUUACUGAAGAGAAGCCAUAUUACUGUUCUGAUUGUGGCAAGCAAUUUUCUUACAGGAGCACUCUCAAAAACCACAUGAAAAUCCACACUGGAGAGAAGCCAUAUUGUUGUUCUGACUGUGGUAAACGAUUCUCUACAAGUAGCUAUCUUCAGAUUCACAGAAGAGUUCAUACUGGAGAGAAGCUAUACUGCUGUACUGAAUGUGGCAAACGAUUCUCUAGGAGUGGCCUUCUUCAUAUACAUAGAAGAAUUCACACUGGAGAGAAGCCAUAUUGCUGUUUUGACUGUGGCAAACGAUUCCGCACAUUUGGCCUGCUUCAGACUCACACUAGAAUUCACACGGGAGAAAAGCCAUUUGGCUGUACUGACUGUGACAAGCGAUUUUGCACCGGUGGUGAUCUUCGUAACCACAGGAGAGUUCACACUGGAGAGAAGCCAUAUUGCUGUUCUGACUGUGGUAAACAAUUUACUACAAGUAGCAAUCUUCAGACUCACAGAAGGUUUCAUACCGGAGAGAAGCCAUAUUGUUGUUCUGAUUGUGGUAAACGAUUCUCUACAAGGAGCGACCUUCAAAGUCACAAAAGAUUUCAUACUGGAGAGAAGCCAUAUUGCUGUUCUGAAUGUGGUAAAGGAUUCCGUACCAGUGGUUCUCUUCAAACCCACAGACGGAUUCACACUGGAGAGAAGCCAUAUUGCUGUUCUGACUGUGGGAAACAUUUUUCUACAAGUAGCAAUCUUAAGACUCACAGUAGAUUUCAUACUGGAGAGAAGCCUUAUUGCUGUUCUGACUGUGCAAAACCAUUUAAUAUAAUUACACACCUUCAGAGGCACGCAAGAAUCCACACUGGAGAGAAGCCAUUUUUUUGCUCAGAAUGUGGCAAACGAUUCUUUGACAGCAGUAGUCAUCAGCGACACGCAAGAAUUCACACUGGAGAGAAACCAUAUUGUUGUUCUGAUUGUGGCAAGCGAUUCUCUACAAGUAGCAGUCUUCAGAUCCACAAAAGAAUUCAUACUGGAGACAAGCCAUUUUUUUGCUCUGAAUGUACCAAAGGAUUCUCUGACAGUAGCAGUCUUCAGAGGCAUAAAAGAAUUCAUACAGGAGAGAAGCCAUAUCACUGUUCUGAUUGCGGCAAACAGUUCUCCACCAGCAGUAAUCUUCAAACCCAUAUAAGAACUCACACUGGGGAGAAGCCAUAUUGCUGUUCAGACUGUGGCAAACAAUUUUCCACCUGUAGCAGUCUUCAGAAACACUCCAGAAUUCACAGUGGAGAGAAGUCUCAUUGCUGUCCUAAAUGUGGCAAACAAUUUUUCUCCAGCAGUAGUCUUCAGACACACACCAGAAUUCACACUGGGGAGAAACCAUAUAGCUGUCCUAAAUGUAGCAAACGAUUCUCUGAGAGUAGCAAUCUUCAGAAACAUUCAAGAAUCCAUACCGGAGAGAAGCCAUAUUGCUGUUCUGAAUGUGGUAAACGAUUCUCUGAUAGUAGCAGUGUUCACAGACACAUAAGGAUUCACAAUGGAGAAAGGCCAUAUUGCUGUUUUAACUGCGGCAAACGAUUCUCCACCAGUAGCAACCUUCAGAAACACACAAAAAUUCACACUAGUGAAAACCAGAGCAAUACAGCAAAGAGUCCCAGCUCAAGAAUGAGCUUUACUCCUCUCUUGUCCACCACCUGAUCAAAGUCCUGUGCAGCCUCCUGUGAUGUUUGAAUGAAAGAGGAUACCACAACCUGCCACAAAGACCCACUGCAUUUAAUCCUCUAAGACCAAGCUUUUAAAAAUAAAGAAAGAAAGAAUGACUUAUGAAAAUGUAUGUCAAGCAGAAUGCCCAGUGGGCUGGGGUAGUGUUUGGCUUGGAACCCCUACAGAUUAUUUUUCUCUGCACACCCUGACCAACUAACCUUAUUACUGGAUCAUCAUUUAAAGACUUAAAAAAAAAACAAUUCUAUAUUUA